AUGGAAGCCGUCCCUAUUAUACACCGAUAUCUGCUGCGGUUAGGCUCGUUUCCAUACCAGAAUGAUCCGGAAGAACUUCUCAUCCAGAGAGUGCUGCGCACGGCAGUCAUUCUUUUGUCCAACUUUCUGGGGGACGUGGAUAGUGCAUAUUUCUCCAAUAACGAGCGACGGAUCUGCUUCCAGAGUAUGGCCAGCUUGGCUUCAGGGAAAGUAUCCCGGAAUAAGAGUCUGCGAGAAGAAGCUGAUGACCGUGAUCUGAUAAAUGUCCUUUCUGGGAUGAAGAAUCGGCGUAGACACCCAGAUCAACCUAAAGUGAUGAUUCAAGGCCCUAAGCAGCCCCUCCCUCGCAGUUCCCGUCCUCUUGGUCAAGAGAUUUGGAUCAAUUCAUUCCAACGGAUGAGUUCCGGUCGCUUCUACGUCUGA